AUGUCCAGACCUGGCAGCGGCCUGCACACCUCUCGUCCGACCUGCCCUGGGGCCAGGCCUCACACACAUCCUCCAGAUCUCCUGCAGGCCUCACCCAGCUGUGCCCCACACACUACCAGCCUGCCCUCCUGUCACACACAACCUCUGCUCCACCUCACUCCUGAAUACACAGCCUGUGUGGACCAGCACUCCCCCCCCCCCCUCACAAACAUCUCAAGACUGCCACACAGAGCCUACCCUGGCGGUCUGCGCCUUCCCGCCGUCCCCUCCUCCCCUGGCGGUCUGCGCCUUCCCGCCGUCCCCUCCUCCCCUGGCGGUCUGCGCCUUCCCGCCGUCCCCUCCUCCCCUGGCGGUCUGCGCCUUCCCGCCGUCCCCUCCUCCCCUGGCGGUCUGCGCCUUCCCGCCGUCCCCUCCUCCCCUGGCGGUCUGCGCCUUCCCGCCGUCCCCUCCUCCCCUGGCGGUCUGCGCCUUCCCGCCGUCCCCUCCUCCCCUGGCGGUCUGCGCCUUCCCGCCGUCCCCUCCUCCCCUGGCGGUCUGCGCCUUCCCGCCGUCCCCUCCUCCCCUGGCGGUCUGCGCCUUCCCGCCGUCCCCUCCUCCCCUGGCGGUCUGCGCCUUCCCGCCGUCCCCUCCUCCCCUGGCGGUCUGCGCCUUCCCGCCGUCCCCUCCUCCCCUGGCGGUCUGCGCCUUCCCGCCGUCCCCUCCUCCCCUGGCGGUCUGCGCCUUCCCGCCGUCCCCUCCUCCCCUGGCGGUCUGCGCCUUCCCGCCGUCCCCUCCUCCCCUGGCGGUCUGCGCCUUCCCGCCGUCCCCUCCUCCCCUGGCGGUCUGCGCCUUCCCGCCGUCCCCUCCUCCCCUGGCGGUCUGCGCCUUCCCGCCGUCCCCUCCUCCCCUGGCGGUCUGCGCCUUCCCGCCGUCCCCUCCUCCCCUGGCGGUCUGCGCCUUCCCGCCGUCCCCUCCUCCCCUGGCGGUCUGCGCCUUCCCGCCGUCCCCUCCUCCCCUGGCGGUCUGCGCCUUCCCGCCGUCCCCUCCUCCCCUGGCGGUCUGCGCCUUCCCGCCGUCCCCUCCUCCCCUGGCGGUCUGCGCCUUCCCGCCGUCCCCUCCUCCCCUGGCGGUCUGCGCCUUCCCGCCGUCCCCUCCUCCCCUGGCGGUCUGCGCCUUCCCGCCGUCCCCUCCUCCCCUGGCGGUCUGCGCCUUCCCGCCGUCCCCUCCUCCCCUGGCGGUCUGCGCCUUCCCGCCGUCCCCUCCUCCCCUGGCGGUCUGCGCCUUCCCGCCGUCCCCUCCUCCCCUGGCGGUCUGCGCCUUCCCGCCGUCCCCUCCUCCCCUGGCGGUCUGCGCCUUCCCGCCGUCCCCUCCUCCCCUGGCGGUCUGCGCCGUCCCCACCUCCCCUGGCGGUCUGCGCCGUCCCCACCUCCCCUGGCGGUCUGCGCCGUCCCCACCUCCCCUGGCGGUCUGCGCCGUCCCCACCUCCCCUGGCGGUCUGCGCCGUCCCCUCCUCCCCUGGCGGUCUGCGCCUUCCCGCCGUCCCCUCCUCCCCUGGCGGUCUGCGCCUUCCCGCCGACUCCCCCUCCCCUUCUCCCAAACAUGCUCUCCAAAGCAACUCUAUCACUCACAGCCUCCUACAUGGAUGGCCCCAGCUUUCAAUGA